AUGGAGGCGAGCAAGGGAAGCGAUGGGAGCUCGGGCGCCUCGGCGAGCAACGAUGACAGCACGGUGGAGGAGGAAGGAGCGGGCCGUGAAUCGCACGAGGACGCCUGCAGGGGGAACUCUUUGUCGUCCUCGUCGGUGCGCCCCUACGUUCGCUCCAAGAACCCGCGCCUCCGCUGGACGCCGGAGCUCCACCACUGCUUCGUCCGUGCCAUUCAUAGGCUCGGCGGCCAAGAUCGUGCAACUCCGAAGCUCGUUCUUCAGUUGAUGAACGUCAGAGGGCUUAGCAUAGGCCAUGUCAAGAGCCACCUCCAGAUGUAUAGGAGUAAGAAGAUUGAUGACUCAGGCCAGGUCAUAGGUCAUCUCCCCUUGCCCCAUGCCUUCCAUCAUCGCCAGAGUGGUGCGGGCACCAUGUCGUCAAGGUUUGGUGCUGCUGCAUGGCCUCCAUGGAGAAGCUUCCAUGAACCAUACUGGGCCCAUGGUCGCCCCUUCCUUGGAUCGAGGACCUACAACUCUUUAGAAGCUGAAACCGAGGCGGCUUUCCUUCGGUCCCGAGCUCAACAUGUAGCUCGAGCUGCAUCUAGCAAUCCAGGAUUGAUGAUGCAAUCAGGCUGUGCAUCUCUGAACGAUCAUCAUACCAUGAACCACCAGCAUAAACGACUGCUGCAACCGACAGCGCGUAAUGACGACGAUACCCAUGUUCCUCUUGAUCUUGAUCUCGAUCUCGAUCUCUCGCUCGGUCUCCCCGUGCCGAGGAAGGAGGCGAAGUGGAAGAGAUCGGGCUGCGGCUGGGUGAAAGAAGGCCCUGAUGAGAAUGGAGCCGAUGAAGAACAAGUGGAUGAGAUCAGCACUGCCACUAUGCUAUCUCUGUCCUUGUUCUCUCCUGGGGAUGCUCCUCGGAUGAUGAGUAGUACUAGUGCUAGUGAUCGUGCAGUAAAUGUCAGUGUGGAUAUUAAGAGAGGAGGGAAAGAUGAGCAUGCUACAAGGAGGGCAAGUACUCUUGAUCUCACCAUAUGA